AUGCUUACUAGACGAGUGAUUCAUAGAUCCUUUCGAGGAUUGGUCUCUGUGCCCAAGCCCCGGACACCAGAGGAAAUGGCUCAAGACAAAGAAGAAGCAGCCAAAUUAGCCAUGCAAUCCAUUAAAGAUAUAGGCAGUAUGUUCAGUAAUUCUGAAGGUAAAGGAGAUGAUACAGAACCUAUAGACAGUAGACCUAUAUUCAAAGAGCCUUCUAGGUUUGCAACAUUAAGUUUAUUACAUCAGGGACAAGUACUUAAUGAACUUCAACAAAUGUAUGAUAAAGAUUGGCAUAAGUUGACCUUAGAAGCCAAACAAUUGGGGUACUAUAUUGGGUUUGGGAAUUGGGGUUCAAGAGACAAAUUUGAUAAUUGGAAUAAACAAGAACCACCAUAUGAUUUGCCGUACCCUACUCCUUCCAAGUUACAAACCAAUGAUCCUAAACCUCAAACAUUAGUUCAUCCCAUAGAUCCACCAGUUAACCUUGCGUUACAUCCUAUUAGAGUUGAUCAGUUCAAUCCCAAGAGACUUGACGGGGUGACCAAGUUCUUUAUCUAUUUGACGUUGGUUGUGGCUGCGAUAGCUCUGUAUCGUGACAAGUUUAUUGGUGAAGCCGGAAGACCAUUGGAGAUUGUGAUUGUGGAUCCUUAUGAGGAAGAACGAAAGGCUGAACAGGCAAGGGAGCGGAUUGAAGAGGACCUCAAAGCCCGUUUGGAAUUAGAAAAAAGUAAAAGUCGGAAAUGGUAUUAUCUUUGGAUAAAAUAA